AGUUCGAUACUCAACAAGCAAUUUCAACCUACCUACUAUCUUCAAUUCUUUUCUCUUCCGCUGGUCGGCUGGUCUACUUUCACAUCUCACAUCUUCUUUACUACAACCAACCAACCAAACAAACAACCUCUUCUUCACCUUCAACAAAUUCAAGAUGCAGUUCUCUCUCGCCACCCUUGUUUUCGGCCUCGCUGCCAUUGCCUCUGCUGGCACCCUGGACGUUGAGGGUGUUCGCAACGCUCCUCGCAGCGCUGUCAACGUCCGUCGCCAGAACGACAACCGACCUGUUCCCAACGGAGCAUGCUGUGUUGCCAACACCAGCUUGAAGCAGGAUACUUGCACUGCUGCCAACGGCCAGACCGGUCGCUGCGUGCCUGGUGGAAACAACUGCGGCUCUUCUCUAAGCUGUGUUGCGCAGUCCAACCUCGAGUGCGAUAACAACGUCAUUGAGCGUGGAAGCUCCCUUUGCCGUGCCAAGGCUGGCAACGGCGGUCUCUUUGACGGCGCCAACAUUAUCCAGAACCUUGGACAGGCCAAAGUCAACUAAGGGUCUAUUAGUUGAAGUGAUUUUGGGGGAUAUGUAAAGUAGCUGUGGGAUAUGAAAUAGAUCUACCGGGUCUGGAUAGUAGGUAGUUGAAAUAUAUAAUAACCUC